AUGGGCCCCUGUACCGCCUCCCCAUGCUGCUGCCAGGCCCGUAAUCUGCCAUGGGCCCCCGUACCGACUUCUCAUGCUGCUGCCAGGCCCGUAAUCUGUCAUGGGCCCCUGUACCGCCUCCUCAUGCUGCUGCCAGGUCCAGAGUGUGUCAUGGGUCCCUGUACGGCCUCCCAUUGCUGCUGUCUCCAUCGCCACACUCUGCCAUGUGCCACUUUCAGGUCUCCUCACACUGCUGGUGGUUUCCAUUUUUGUCAUAGGGUGCUGUAUGGCCUCCCAUUGCUGCUGCCUCCACCGCCACACUGUGGCUCCACACUCUGGUUUUGGCCCCGUGACUGGCCAAAUGAGUGAAGUGUGCGGUGAUUCUAAGAUCGACGGCACUCAUCUGCAUGUCAUACUGACUGACAGUAUUAUUUCUCUUCCCCAGCAGACUCCAAGGGCAUUUAAAUUAAAGGUACAGUGUUCUGCACUAAUAUUA